UGAUGUGCUAAAUUUACUGGAUAAAGAAAAAAGAUUAUUUUAUUUGGGACAAAAAUCUUCCAGUCGACGUGGUUUUAUUUCAUAUAAUUCUCAACCAAUUCCAGAAGAUGUUGAAGAUAUGGAUGUUGAUGUAAGCGAUGAAAAUAAUAACUACAGUAAUAGUGAUAACAAUAAUGAAGAGAACAUUGAUAUCAAUUAUAAUAACAAUAAUGAUAGUGGUACAUUUGAUGUCGGAGAGUUCGGUAAUGACAAUGUUGACUAUUCUUGUACAGUUGAGACUGAUAAUGUUGUUAAUCAUGAAAUAUCAAGUCAAACAUCUAAGUUAUCCCAGAAAUCUUUGGAAAGUAAUACUUCUCGUAUAAUCUCUGAUUAUGAAGAUGAAAUUCCAAAACAACAAGUUCCUAAAAUUGAUCUAAUGACACCAGAACUUGCUGCGGCUUUGGAUAGAGCUAAUGUGAGUAGUAGGUCGGCGACUUACAUUUUUGCUGCUUUAUUAUCUAGCCUAAAUAUUGAUUGUGCAAGCGUAAACUUCAGUCAUUUGACUAUUCACCGAGCACGGGAAAAAUUUCGCAAAGAAGCGACGUUAAAUCUGAAAACUAAUUUGGAAACUGAUAAUUAUGUGCUACAUUUUGAUGGAAAACUGUUGUCAGAUAUUACAGGUAUAGAACAAGUUGACCGGCUUCCUAUUAUUUUAUCAUCAUCAGGUAAAUUUCAACUGUUAGGAGUCCCCAAACUAGAAUCUGGAACUGGACAAAAUCAAGCUUCAGCUAUUAUUACAACAGUAAAACAAUGGAAUAUUAAUACUGAUAACAUCAAAGCAUUGUGUUCUGAUACUACAGCGUCAAAUACGCUGUAGUAUUUUGGAAGUUAUAACACCAAUCAAAGAUGAAAUUUUGAAAUUCGUUAAUAAUCAAAUAGAAAUGGAUCAUUGUCGUGACGAUUACCGUGAACUCCUGCAAUUAUCAUCGAUAUUUUUGAGUGCUACUACCACAAAUAUUACAUUUAAGCGUCCUGGAGCCGUCCAUCAUGCAAGGUGGAUGGCUAAAGCAAUAUAUAGUUUAAA